UCUCCGAGCAAAGCGACGCCGAGCAACGGCAGAGGCAGCAGGAGGAGCAGGAGGAGAGGGAGAAAGAGCCGAGCGCAUCCCAAAGUUUGAGACUGCAGCUGCUGACACAGCAAACACCGGGACCGGUUUAUGUGGAACAAGAUGGUGAUUUUUAAGGAGCUGCAGUGAUUCUUCGGCUUAACCAGCAACAUCUGGCGACAACAACUCUGUUAACAUCCCUCCGUCAUGUCGGGAACACAGUUGGAAGGGCUGCCCUAAACACAUUCUGCGUUCAGUAGACUGAAGAUCAAACUGGAUGAAGCCACUUUUAUUUUUCGACUCACGACUUCACCAACACAAGCUCACCUCCUCAGAAGAUUCUAACUAAUUUUCUACCUCUUGUUGGUUCUCUUCUUGACAAGAGAGGCGGUUUUUGAAGAGAUCAUCCCAAAGGGAGACAGUGAAAGAAACUUAUUUCAGCACCUGACAGCUCUGACCCACUUAUCACGCUCCAACUAGCUUUGCAUUUAGCAGCAUCAGAAGAGGUGAUUCACCGUUUUAUAUUCAGGGCCAUCGAUCCACUAACCUCCUGAUCUAAUUAGCCACACACAAACACCUACACAUGUGCGCACACGGACCAACACCUGGGGUUGCUGGCGUCUGCAGAUGCUUCAGAUAAUCUGGUGUUUAUAACACUUGUGUCUGGCUGUUAUUUCAGUGACACAACACCCAGACACGCACUUAAACAGCUAUACACAACUGGGUGUUAGAAGUCCAUCUGCACAACAUUAAACACCCAUCGAGAACUGACCUUGACUGUGAUCAGACACGUGUGUUUUCAUUAUCAAGAGGCAGUGUCACAUCCUGUCUGCUCUGAUUGAGAGUGAGAAUGAGAGCCAAUGUGGCAGAGUGGCCCUGAUAAAUACUCAAAAAAAAAAAUUUGCUGCCUGAGGGUCGGCCACUCAAACUCAAACCAUAGAGCUUCAUUAGACAGUUUAGUCAGUUCUUCAAAAUGUGUGACACUAAAAAGUAGUCCGUAUUGUAUUAAUAAGUGCCUGUGUGUGCGUGUGUGUCUGUCACAUUGUCAGAGCAGAUUAGGGUCAGGCCUGUCUGGGUCAUGCCACUUUGACUGACCUAGAUUUGACAAAAUAAACUGGCCACCGGAGGAAAACGUGUGUGCAAGUCCUGCUGUCUGCGGUCCUCUUACUUCUUAACUACCUGCUAACUUAGGCUACCUAACAUCUUAACCCAACAAACAGUCUAUAAUACAAAACUGGUAAACUUCCUUUUUAUUUAGCCUCAAAAUCAAACUCCCAGUCUCCAGUUUGGCCUCUGUGUCUGCGCCGCCCCUCAUGAACACCUUCCCUUCCUUCUCUGCACCUCCUCCCAACACACCAACUAUCCAGUCAGUGUGCAAGCCCUGCCUUCGGGUCCCGUGGAGGAUGAACGAUGUGCCCACACUUGACUACGAGUUGCUGCUGUCCCCGGCCGGCUCCUCCCUCCCCGGCAGUCCUGGUGGCAGCAGCAGCAGCCCCCCUCUGGCCUUGGUCGGGGUGGAUACUGAGCAACGCACCGCCUUGGCCUUCGUAGGCCUCCUCAUGCUGUUCCUGGUCUUCCUGCUGGUCAGGUGCUUCAGGAUCCUGCUGGACCCCUACAGCCGCAUGCCUGCAUCAUCCUGGACUGACCACAAGGAGGGGCUGGAGAGGGGUCAGUUUGAUUAUGCACUGGUGUAGGGUGAUGUGUCAACAGGGUGUGGAAGAGGGAAUAUUUCAUUGUUCACAGACAUGAUCCUGUACGGCGUAGUCUAAUUUAGAGGUGUAGAUGGACAGUAACAAUGCAAAUGAUUGUGAAUGCACUCUUAGAGGGAGGUUUACCUGAUGUUGGAAGAUGCCUGGUUUAUAUCACAGAACUGUAAAUAUGCAGUAUAACAAGUCUGGUUCAUCAAGAGCCACACCCUGCAAGCCAAACACUCACUCGCCCAAACUCGGAUGUUUGACCGGGAAGAAAACAGAAAUAAUGAGCUGCACAGCUGCCUUAACCUGACCUAAUGUACAAGGCUAACAUGCCGCCACUUCACAACCUCACUUUAGGGCUAGGUUUUUCCAAAUCCCACCGCUUGUCAGAUCACAACGUAGUUUAGAACCUCAAAGCCACAUUUUUGAUGAGAACUCUCAACACGCAGGACACAGGCAGAACUUAAAUGAAGGAGUUUACACUUAAGCAGAUGCCCCUUUAAUGAACCAAGGUCCAUUACAAAGCAUCCUUAUGUUAAUUGCUGAUCACGUCGCACAAAUCCUCACAUUUGUUUUGAUUUGGGACACUGAUCCUCGAGGCAGCACUGCAGUUCCAGAUGCUUUUUAAGGCCAGAGCAGGUAGUUUAUGUCUCCAUAAAAUCUUCCGUGUAUCUGUCCGUGUAUGUUUUGUGUGUUACUGUGUCUAUAACUGAGAAGCCAUAUUGAAACUGUAUAAUCUCUUAUUACCGCAAGUAGAAUUUGUCCUUUGCUUUAGUCAGCCUGCCAAGUGUGGUGAUGAAGCAAACAGCAACCUCUAGGCAAAAAAGGCUUUAUUUUUCUAUUCUUGACUCGAGUUUGGGAGUCUCCUUUUUGCUAUCUUUCUGUCCUUUUCCUCUUACUGUAUUGACUAGAUAGACUAGAUUUUUGAGGUAGUCAUGCAGCCACCUCUUAGAAGGAAGCAAAGCAGGUAGCUUUGCUUUUUUUGUGUUUUAUAAUUACAUAUUUUUCUGACUAUCUGCUUUGUUUUUGAUACACUGCGUUGAAUCAGUGACAAUAAAAAGAUUUUCUUCUUCAAUUACUCUUCUCUAAUUUCCACUGAGAGCUGGACUGUGUGGAGGGUCCACAUUGUUCAUGUUGGAAAUUAAAUAAAAACGAUUACUACUUA